AUGGAGGCUCUGGGUCGUGUGCGCAACCUAACCGACGUCGGCACCAUGACGCGUCUUCUCCAUGAAUGCAUUGCUUACCAGCGAGCUCUCGAUGUCGACCUUGACAACCUCCUAGCUCAAAGCACAGAUCUCGACAAGCACCUCCUCCACCUCCAGAAAUCAGCGGAGGUGCUCGACAUCAUCAAGGCGGAUUCUGACCUCAUGCUUUCCACUGUCCGCUGCACAUGUGACCUCGCCGACAAUGUCAUCGCCAAGUUCGGGAACUUGACCUUGCCCAAUCCUGGGUUAACUCCACGCUUCUACGCAUUGGAUUCCGGAUUGGACCAGAGAGAUCAGUUGCUAGCAUCGAAAAAGCAGCUCGAAGGAGUAGUGAGGAAGCGGCUUUCAGCUGCAGUGGAUCAGCGAGAUCAUCGGUUUAUUAGGUCCUAUCCUCCUUUAGGACUGGAGGAGGAAGGGUUGCAAGUGUAUGUGGGAUACUUGAAAAAAGUGAUCUCCAAGAGAUCCAGGCUUGAGUUUGAGCAUUUGGUGGAGUUGAUGGAGCAGAGUCAUAAUCAGAUUAAUUUUGUUGGGCGUGUGACUAAUUUGUUCAAGGACAUAGUGUUGGCUAUAGAGGAAAAUGAUGAAAACUUGAGUCUUUGUGUGGAGGAUGCGAUUGUUUAUGCCAUUCGUGAAUUGCAAGAUGAGUGUGAUUCCAGGGGGUCUUUGAUUUUGAAGAAAUAUAUGGAGUUCAGGAAAUUGGCUAAAUUAUCGUCUAAGAUUAAUGCCCAAAACAAGGACUUGCUUGCCGUUGGAACGCCAGAAGGACCUGACCCGAGAGAGGUUGAGUUGUAUUUAGAAGAGAUAUUGUCACUCAUGCAAUCGGGAGAGGAUUACACAGAAUUCAUGACUUUGAAGAUCAAACGGUUGAGUUCUGUCGAUCCAGAAUUAGUACCACGAGCCACUAGGUCGCUUAGGAAUGGGAGUUUUAGCAAGGUAGUUCAAGAUGUUACUGGGUUUUAUGUGAUUUUGGAGGGACUUUUUUAUGGUUGA